CGCUGCGCGACCGCGCGGGUCCGGGCUCUCGCCCUCGCGCGCCCUCGUGCCCUCCUGGUGCCCUCCAGCGCGCCGGGCGGGACCAUGAAGAAGUUCUCUCGGAUGCCCAAGUCGGAGGGCAGCGGCGGCGGGGCGGCGGCUGGCGGGGCCGCGGGCACGGGGCUCGGCGGCGGCUUCGCAAGCUCGUCCAUGGGGGUCCGGGUGUUCGCCGUCGGCCGCUACCAGGUCACCCUCGAGGAGUCGCUGGCCGAAGGUGGAUUCUCCACUGUCUUCCUGGUGCGGACUCACAGUGGGAUCCGAUGCGCACUGAAGCGAAUGUAUGUCAAUAACACAUCCGACCUCAACAUUUGUAAAAGGGAAAUCACAAUUAUGAAAGAGCUAUCUGGCCACAAAAAUAUUGUUGGUUAUUUGGACUGUGCUGUCAAUUCAAUUAGUGAUAAUGUAUGGGAAGUGCUUAUCUUAAUGGAAUAUUGUAGAGCUGGGCAGGUUGUGAACCAGAUGAACAAGAAGCUGCAGACAGGCUUUACCGAGUCAGAAGUCCUACAAAUCUUCUGUGACACCUGUGAAGCUGUUGCACGAUUGCAUCAAUGUAAGACUCCCAUAAUCCACCGGGAUCUGAAGGUAGAAAAUAUUUUGCUAAAUGAUGCUGGAAAUUAUGUGCUUUGUGACUUUGGCAGUGCCACUAAUAAAUUUCUCAAUCCUCAAAAAGAUGGAGUUAAUGUGGUAGAAGAAGAAAUUAAAAAAUACACAACUCUGUCAUAUAGAGCCCCAGAAAUGAUCAACCUCUAUGGAGGGAAACAAAUCACCACCAAGGCUGAUAUCUGGGCCCUGGGAUGUUUACUGUAUAAACUUUGUUUCUUCACUCUUCCUUUUGGUGAGAGUCAGGUUGCUAUCUGUGAUGGGAGCUUCACCAUCCCAGACAAUUCUCGCUACUCCCAUAGCAUACAUUGCUUGAUUAGGUUCAUGCUUGAACCGGACCCGGAGCACAGACCUGACAUAUUUCAAGUGUCCUACUUUGCAUUUAAAUUUGCCAAAAAGGAUUGUCCAGUCUCCAACAUCAAUAAUUCUUUUCUUCCAGCAACUCUUCCCGAACCGAUGACUGCUACUGAAGCUGCUGCUAGGAGAAGCCAGAUGAAAGCCAGAAUAACAGAUACCAUUGGACCAACAGAAACCUCAAUUGCACCAAGACAAAGACCAAAGGCCAAUUCCACCGCUGCCGUUGCCAGUGUGCUGACCAUUCAGAGUUCAGCAACACCUGUUAAAGUCCCUGCUCCUGGGGAAUUCAAUAACCACAAACCCAAAGGAGUGUUGAGACCUGGAAAUGGGUCUGAAGUCUUACUGGUUCAGGGACCCCCUCAGCAACCACCACAGCAGCAUAGAGUCCUCCAGCAAUUACAGCAGGGAGAUUGGAGAUUGCAGCAACUCCAUUUGCAUCGUCAUCCUCACCAGCAGCAACAGCAGCAGCAGCAGCAGCAGCAGCAGCAGCUCCUUCAAAGUGCUUACUUGCAGCAGUAUCAGCACGCAAUGCAUCAGCAGCACAUACUUCAGCAACAGUUUUUAAUGCACGCAGUGUAUCAGCCACAACCUCCUGCAUCACAGUAUCCUACCAUGAUGCAGCAGUACCAGCAGGCUUUCUUGCAGCAGCAGAUGCUAGCUCACCAUCAGCAGCCAGCACAGCAGGUGUCGCCCGAGGAUCUCACCUCCCCUCAGGAGUUCUCACCAGCCUUAGUUUCCUACACCUCCUCACUUCCAGCUCAGGUUGGAACCAUAGUGGACUCCUCUUAUGGUGCCAACAGCAGGUCAGUUGCUGAGAAAGAGGCAGUUGCAAAUUUUACGAAUCAGAAGACCAUCAGCCACCCUCCUGACAUGUCAGGCUGGAAUCCUUUUGGAGAAGAUAAUUUUUCCAAGUUAACGGAAGAGGAACUGUUGGACAGAGAAUUUGACCUUCUAAGAUCAAACAGGCUCGGGGAGAGCACACCCUCAGAUAAGAAUGUAGACCCGCCCCCUGUUCCGCAUAGCCGUCCUCUGGAGGAGCCUUUUGCUUCCGUCCCUUUCAUUUCUCACUCAGGUUCUCCUGAAAAGAAAAUGGAACAUUCUCCAAAUCAAAAAAAUAUCAUUGCAAACCCGACCAAAAAUGGAAGCUCAAGUCCAAUAUGUAAAGAUCAGCGAGCAGGAAAGAAAAGCUCAGAGAAUCCCGCAGUUAGGGGUCAAGUGCAGAAGGGAAAUGAUGACUCUGAAAGCGACUUUGAAUCAGACCCUCCUUCUCCUAAGAGCAGUGAAGAAGAGCAAGAGGAUGAAGACGCACAAGGAGAACACGGGGACUUUAAUGAUGACGACACUGAGCCAGAGAACCUAGGUCACAGGCCUCUGCUCAUGGACUCUGAAGAUGAGGAAGAGGAUGACAAACACAGCUCUGACUCAGAGUGCGAACAGACAAAAGCCAAGGGAGAAGACCCGAGCUCCCUGUGUAGAGACAGACCUGGCGGUGCCUCGAACACAGCACUACUGACCCCUGCCCGCUCACCAGCUGAUGCUUUGACUCCCGGUCAGGAGUUCGAUGUGUUUGGUGCUGUUCCCUUCUUUGCGGUGCCUGCUCCACAGCUGCAGCACAGAGGGAAUGGGAAGAACCUCUCCCAGCAGGCAUUUCCAGAGCAGGAGGACUUCGAUGUGUUUACAAAGGCACCCUUCAACAAGAAGGUCAACGCCCAGGAGUGGCCCGCAGCGGGGCCAGACACCUGUCCUCUGCCUGCGCGGCCCAGAAGUGUAGAUAUGUUUGGCUCCACUCCCUUUCAGCCGUUUUCCACAUCAGCCAGUCAAAGUGAAAGCAAGGAGGAUGUUUUUGGGCUCGUGCCCUUUGAGGAAAUAACUGGGAGUCAGCAGCAGCAAAAAGUCAAGCAGCGCAGCUUGCAGAAACUGUCUUCUCGCCAGAGACGCACAAAGCAGGAUGUAUCCAAAAGCAAUGGGAAGCGCCAUCACGGCACGCCCACCAGCACAAAGAAGACUCUGAAGCCUCCCUACCGCACGCCUGAGAGGGCCCGCAGACACAAGAAGGUGGGCCGCAGGGACUCACAAAGCAGCAACGAGUUUUUAACCAUUUCAGACUCCAAGGAGAACAUCAGCGUUGCGCUGACUGACAGCAAAGACAGGGGCAGUGUCCUGCAACCUGACGAGAGUCUGCUGGAUCCUUUCGGUGCCAAGCCUUUUCAUCCUCCAGACUUGUGGCACCAGUCCCAUCAGGGCCUAAGUGACAUCUGUGUUGAUCACAACACCAUUUUGCCUGGGAGGCCACGACAGAAUUCAGUACAUGGGUCAUUCCACAGCGCAGACGCAUUGAGAAUGGAUGACUUUGGUGCCGUGCCCUUUACAGAACUUGUGGUGCAAAGCGUCACUCCACAACAGUCCCAGUCGGUCGAAUUAGACCCGUUUGGUGCUGCUCCAUUUCCUUCAAAACAGUAGAUACUUCAGGUGGACUC